AUGGCUACCAACCAAAAUGAAGUGGUGCAAGUUUCCAUUCCGCUCCCGCGGUCCUUGGAUACUCGCAUUUUCAUCCGCUUAGCAACCCAAGCCAAGGCUCUUGUGCUAUCUCUCACCACCGCAUCUCAAGAAGAGCUUGGUGCUCCCAGGCCGAUGGGAUCAUUCGUCUACGCACUGCCCGAUAGAUUCAAUCCUCAGCAGGCAAUCGCCACAACACUCUUUUCCGCAGAGUCAUCUCUUGAGUUUACUACACGAGUUGCCAAAUUAGUUGCCCGAAAGACUCAGCUCCCCGUAUAUGUCACAAAUUCCAUCAGCCUAGAGAGCACAGGCAUGGGCGGCACAGUCGAGGAGGAAAUGGAAGCCUUCAAGGGCGUGGCUGAAGCUAUCAUAAGCAACCUCCCCAAGACGGUGUUGCCCAGUUAG